UGGGGGGGGGUGGAGCCAGCGACCCGGAAGCAGAAGUGAUUCCCACCGGCGGAGUGCUGGGAAGCGGCGGCGGAGAGCGCAGCGGGAGAGGCAGCGACGUAUCGGUGUGCAGCCCCGAACUAGGAAGAAGAUGCUUAUUAAAGUGAAGACGCUGACUGGGAAGGAGAUUGAGAUUGACAUUGAACCCACAGACAAGGUGGAGCGAAUCAAGGAGCGUGUAGAGGAGAAAGAGGGAAUCCCCCCACAGCAGCAGCGGCUCAUCUACAGUGGGAAACAGAUGAAUGAUGAGAAGACAGCAGCUGAUUACAAGAUCCUAGGUGGUUCAGUUCUCCACCUAGUGUUAGCCCUGAGAGGAGGAGGUGGUCUUAGGCAGUGAUAGACCUGUCUUCCAUUUUACCUCCUUUGCCCUGUCGCUCAUAAUGAGGCAUCAUAUAUCCUCUCAUUCUCUGGGAUGCCAGAGCCACUGACCCCUCUUCUGGAUGCCCAGUCUGUGUGUCUACUGGGGGCAGACUGUGAGGACCCCAGGAUGCAGUGUUCCUGGCCCAGAGGGACCUAGCUGGAUAUUGGGUUUUAGUUUGCGGUCCUGUGUGCUUCCCUCUCUUGUGGCUGUGUUCCUGGUUGUCAAUAAAAUAUUUCCUGGCUUUCUGGAA